CAACAAAGAGCACCGUGGAGCUGUGAUGUAAAGCUCGUGAUGUCACAGCUUUACAGCUUGCAGCUCAGAGCUUCACUUCAUCAGACUAAAAAGCUGAACCAAGCUCUCUACAGACAGGAACGGCAACACCCCGCAAACCAAGCAGCAACGGUACCUGAGCUACCAUUUGUAGCAUUUGAAAUCCGGGAGAUCGGAAAGAGCUCCUCCAUACUGCAAUGUCGAUCAUGUCUGCUUGCAGCCUAUGCGAUAUUGAGAAAAGAGCAUGCUGAGAGGAUUGGAAUUUUAGGUUCUGGAUAGUCUCAUUUAGUGAGCAUCUAGCAGCCGCACUCGCAGCAACGUCAUUACCACCACCCUUUUCGGACUUUAGAAUGUACUCGUAACUUUGGUGAUUGCCGAAGCAGAGAUCAAGAUGCAGAAGGGCCAUGUUCUCUCACGGGAUCAGACGAUACAUGAGUUGUCGGAAGCAAUCCUCCAGAAGGACGAGCUGCUGCGAGCCAGGGAGCGAGAACUGCAGGAUCUGAGAGAUCAAAUUCUAGUACUCGAGGCAACCUUUAACCUUGCACGCCGUGCACAAUCCCAAUUGAUCAAAGAGAAAGAUCAAGAAUUGAGGGAAGCACAAUUACGCUUCGACGUGGCGGUAACAGAGUUGCUAUCCAAACAGGAAGAAAAGGACGCUGAGCUCUGGAGAUCAAGGACAAAGAUCGAAAGUUGACUGAAGCACAGCUACUUCUCAACGAAGCGUCUGCAGAGUUGGAGUCCAAGCAGAGAGACCUCGACAACCUCUACUCCGAAGCGCAGAAGCCGCAGCAGAGUUGCACUCCAAGCAGGAGCAAAUCGACAACAUCCAACGCGAAGCUCAGUCGCAUAACCUUAUUGAUGAGGCCACAGCCGAGGUACAAUCCAUGCAACAAAAACAAUCGAGAAUCUUCAUCACGAAGAAGAAGAUGCGAGCGGAGUGAUCGAGGACUUUUGGAACAAAGUCUAACAACUGCAAGAUACAAGAGAGGACCUAAAGACCAGGCUAGAUGAUGCAGAUGAUGCUUGUGAUGAGCAGGUCAAG